AGAACUUAGUUUCAGAGGCAGCUGUGGCCUCCAUGUGCUCAAGCAAGAGUUUCAUUUCUGCUCCUGGAUUUCUUGGGAUCACUCAUUAGCAGACAGGACCUGCUCUUAUCACAAGGGAAAACUUAAAGCCUGCUCCUCAGACCUCUGCAUCCUCUGAUUGCCACAGGGCUGACUGCCCCAAAAGUAAUCCAGCUCCUUGCAGGUCAUCCAUGGAACUGCUCUGGACACAGUUGCUGGUGGCUGCUUGCCUCUCAGAGGUUCUUGGCUCACCAGAGAUAGACACCGGCAUCAACAUUUCCCAGCCUUUGCACAUCCUGGAGGAUCAUAACUUAAUGGUGCUGACUCCUGCAGGUUUGACCCAGACACUGAAUGAGACCCGCUUCCUAAUGGUGAUUUUCCACAAUCCAUCCUUAAAACAGUCCAGGAAGCUGGCCAAGGAGCUGGGCAAAGCUGCAGAGAUCUUCGGGAAGGGCAAGAAUGGCUUGGGCUUUGGCAAAGUGGACAUCACCGUGGAGAUGGAACUUAAGCAGGAGUUUGGCAUCACCCAUGCCCCAGAGUUGAAGCUGUUUUUUGAGGGCAACAGGUUAGAGCCCAUCAGCUGCAAAGAUGUGGUUGAAUCAACAGCUUUGGUUGUUUGGUUGAGAAGACAAAUUAGCAAGAAAGCACUUUUGUUCAACAACAGCGACGAAGUGGCCGAUUUUGUGAAAUCCAGGCCCUUGGUCAUCGUUGGCUUCUUCCAGGAUUUAGAGGAAGAAGUGGCAGAAUUGUUUUAUGACACCAUCAAGGACUUCCCAGAACUAACGUUUGGAGCAAUACAAAUAAAAAAUUCCUUUGGACGAUUCCAUGUGAUCCUUGACAGCGUCCUGGUGUUUAAAAUGGGAAGAGUCAUGAAACGUCAAGAGCUUAUCAACGACAGCACAAACAAAGACCUCCUCAAUCAAGUCAUAAAGCAGCAGCUCACAGGCUUUGUGAUUGAAUUAAACUCUGAGAAUAAGGACUUGAUUUAUGAACUGAACGUCUUGAAUCACAUGUUGCUGUUUAUCUCCAAAAACUCAGAACCGUACAGCACCAUAAUCCGGCAUUACAGACAAAUUUCAAAGGAAUUCCAGAACAAGAUUCUUUUCGUCCUUGUGAAUGCAGAUGAACCUAAAAACAAACGAGUCUUUGAGUACUUCCAGAUCUCAAAAGUCAAUGUCCCAUCUGUUCAAAUCCUGAACUUAAGCUCUGAUGUCAGGUAUAAAAUGCCCACAGAUGACAUAACCUUUGAAAGCCUCAAGAAAUUCUGCAACAGCUUCCUCAGCAAAACUGCCAAGAAACACAAAUCCAGUGAAGAGAUUCCAAAAUAUUGGGACCAAGGGCCAGUUAAGAAGCUCGUGGGGAAAAACUUCAAUGUGGUUGUCUUUGAUAAGGAAAAGGACGUGUUUGUGAUGUUCUAUGCACCGUGGUCUGAGAAAUGCAGGGUGCUAUUCCCACUGCUGGAAGAGUUGGGCAUAAAGUAUCAAAACCACUCCACAGUCAUCGUCGCCAAGAUCGACAUAACAGCAAAUGACAUUCAGCUGGCAAACCCAGAACAGUACCCAUUCUUCAGGCUUUUCCCUACUGACUCGCAAGAGGCUGUCAUGUAUAAAGGAGAGCACACCAUGAAGGGCUUCUGUGACUUCCUGGAAAGCCAUGUCAAGGUUAGAAUUGAGGAAGAAGAUGAGCUAUUAUACAUUGAGCAAAAUGAAGUAGAAGAGGAGGAGGUGUUAGCUGAGCCAGAGAUACAGCUCAUAGAGAAGUUACCUGAGAAGCCGCUGCCCAAGAUAGAGGACACGACCAAACAAAACAGGCCAGCCAAAGAGUCUGCUGUCCCGGGCAGUGUAAGCAAGCAGGAAGAGCCGGAGAGAAGGAAGGAAACAACUGAGAAGGAGGAGGAGGAGGAGGCUCUGCCAAAGGAACAGCCAAAACCAGAGAGAAAACUGAAAGUCAAAGAAGAACUUUAGCUUCUCCCAAGCCAGGUCCUGACAUCAGUUUCUGAGUGAAUCUACUCUGACCAUGCCAUAUACUGAGUGGUAGGGUGGGUGGGUGAAUGGCUAGGCAAUAAAGCCUUAUGAGUGUCUUUGA